CAAUGUAUAGAAAACGCCAUUAUUACAAAAUACAAAUGCUCAAGUCAGUCAACGCACAAUUUUCCAACGUAGAGAGACCGGCAUUUCUACCAUUGCUCGAUCAACCCAGUCCUCUUCUUGCCCAUGAACCAACAAACCAUUCUCUAAUCCCUAGAUGAGUUACAGAGCCAUGGAAUCGCCAGGAGGGAGAUGCUUUGCUGCUUUCAUUCUUCUCCUCCUCCAAGCUUGCCAUGGAUUUUAUCUUCCCGGAAGCUAUAAUAAACACAUAUUUUCCAAGGCUGACGUACUUUUUCUCAAAGCGAACUCUCUCACCUCCAUUGAAACACAGCUUCCCUUCAGCUACUACAGCCUGCCUUACUGCCGUCCUCCAGGGGGCAUCAAGGUUAGCGCUCGCAAUCUCGGGCAGAUACUCAUGGGAGAUCAGAUCGUCAACUCGGCAUACCGUUUACGUAUGAAUGUUAACGAGUCAAUCUAUCUCUGUACUACUCCGCCGUUGAGUGCAUAUGAUGUCAAAGAGUUGAAACAGAGAACUCGAGAUUUGUAUCAGGUGAAUAUGAUGCUUGAUGGUUUGCCUUUGAUGAGAUAUGCCAGUCAGAUGGGGAUUACGUUUCAGUGGACAGGGUUUCCUGUUGGGUUCACAGAUAUGUACUCUAAUGGUGAUUACCUCAUCAAUCACCUGAAAUUCAGGGUCCGUGUUCAUAAGCACGAGGAGAAAGAUGAGAGCUUUCAGUCGCAGAUGAUUGGUGUUGGAGAAGAAGGGGUUGCGGUCAUUGAAGAAGAUGAGGAUAUGAAUGGUUAUGAAAUUGUGGGCGUAGAGGUAGUCCCUUGUAGUGUCAAGUAUGAUCCUGAAGAAAUGCGUGCACUCCACAUGUAUGAUCAUAUUCCUCACCUAAACUGUCCCUUGGAUCUUAACAAGUGUCAGGUAAUCAGAGAGCAGGAAAGAGUAUCAUACACUUAUGAAGUGGAAUUUGUGAAAAGUGAUGUGAGAUGGGAGUCCAGAUGGGAUGCUUAUCUGGUUAUGGAAGGCACCAGGGUGCACUGUCUUUCCAUUCUCAGCUCUCUGGUACUGAUCUUCCUCUUGGCUGGGGGUGUUGUUAUGAUUCUCAAGAAUACAGUCAAGAAACAAGCUUUCCAGCCACAGGGGAAAGAGGAUCUUCCAGGAUGGAGACUCAUAAUGGGGGAUGUGUUCAGAGAACCAGGGCACUCCAAGCUUCUCUGUGUGAUGAUAGGAAAUGGGGUUCAGAUAACUGGAACUGCAAUUCUCACUGUUGUUUUUGCUGCCCUGGGAUUCAUAUCACCAGCUUCCCCUCGCAUGCUGUUGCUUGGGUUGAUAGGGUUUUAUCUUCUCCCAGGAAUUUUAUCUGGUUAUACUGGAGUAAGGCUUUGGAUUACUCUCAAGGGGACUUCAGAAAACUGGAAAUCUGUUUCUUUCUCAACUUCAUGCUUCUUCCCUGGGAUUGUUUUCGUCGUUCGUGUUCUCCUGGAUUUCAUUUACUGGGGAAACCAUAGCACUGCAGCCAUUUCCAUGUAUACAUAUCUUCAACUCUUGCUCCUUUGGUUCUGCAUUUCAGUGCCUCUAACUCUCCUGGGAGGAUACCUGGGGACAAAACCAGAAAGGACUCCACACCCUCUCCAAACUAACCAUAUUCCUAGAGAAAUCACUGCCCCUAAAUACCAUUCCUGGCUCCUUGUUCUUGUUGGGGGAUCCAUUGCAUUCUCCACCAUCUUUGUGGACCUCUUCUUCAUCCUCUCUUCCAUUUGGUUCGGGCGAUUCUACUACGCCUAUGGUUUUCUGCUCAUUGGCGUCGUGUUGUUGGUUGUCGUGUGUGCUCAAGUUUCUGUUGUGUUUACUUACAUGAGGCUUCGAGCUGAGGAUUGGAAGUGGUGGUGGAAGGCAUUCUUUGCUUCAGGAUCUGCUGGCUUCUUUGUUUUCGCUUACUGUGCCUCUUACUUGAUGUUUGACCUUAAUGGGCUGAGUGGAUUAGCACCCGCCAUGAUUUACCUGGGAUACUCUCUGCUCAUUUCAAUGGCAGUCAUGCUCUCCACUGGCGCCAUUGGCUUCCUUACAGCGCUCUACUUUGUGCGCUACCUUUACUCUUCUCUCAACAUUGAUGGCAUUAUCUGAAAGAUUCUGAUGAAGAAACUGCAGACCUGGUUGCAGAGUGUUUCCUAGUACUUACCUUAACUAUGUUGCUUGCUUUUCUGUCUGUUGGUGUCAGUUACACAGCAUAAAUGACAUCUGCAUGUGUGUAUAAGUAUGUUUGUGAUUCGCAGAGUAAACAGGAAGUGUCUGUGCUUCAGUAAAAGAUUUGAUACAUGUAAUAUAUAGAUGCCAGUAAUAUGUACCAAAAAAUGUCAAUAUUACUUAUUGGGUGUGAAUGAGAUAAUGCAAAUUUAUUUCACCCUUGAGGUUCUAUGGUAAA